GUCGACCCUGUGGAGAUGGUGGUGGAGGAUCUUCAGGCAGCUCCUCCUGUACCUGUCCCUAAGAAGAAACGUGGUCCCUGUAGAAAGCUUGAUGACUUCGAUGCAGAUUUGGUGAAGAGGACCAUUCAUGAUAUGCAGUUGAAGGGCCAGUACGUUUCACUUCGUCGACUGUCAGAUGUACUAGUAGAAAAGGGAGUCAGGAUCACCAAGUCUCCAUUGGGGAGACUUGUGAAGGAUCUUGGGUUCAGAUUCUACAAAACUCGUUCCAACCAACGCUACAUUGGAGACAGGAACGAUAUCGUAAGUAUGCGACAUACUUACCUGAGGUCCAUUAGGAAGUUUAGAGAGGAGGGUCGUCCUAUUGUGUAUUUGGAUGAGACUUGGUUGAACACCAAUCAUGUAGCGAGGGGAGAUUGGGUGGACUGUCCUAGGACAUCUACCUCUGCCUUUGAGUCGCAUCGUGGAGGUCAUGGGCGUUUUGUCCCAUCUGGGAAAGGCUCUCGUCUGAUAAUUGUGGAUGCAGGUUCUUCGGCUGUGGGUAUGAUCCCGGGAUCUGCUCUCAUUUUUGAGUCGAAAACAGGCAACCAGGAUUAUCAUGACGAGAUGAACUCAGAAAACUUUACGAAGUGGUUCACUGAGCAGUUGCUCCCUAACCUACCGACCAAUUCAGUCGUAGUGAUGGAUAAUGCUUCCUAUCACAGUCAUCUGGAUCCUGAGUCUAAGUGUCCGACUUCGUCGGCAUCGAAGGCCGAGAUCCAGUCUUGGCUUGAUAGAAAGGGUAUUCAUUACACUCCGGGAAUGAUCAAGGCUGAAUUGAUCACAUUGGUGAAGCAACAUAAACCUCGUCCUAAAUAUGUAAUAGACGAUUUGGCUUCGAAAGCAGGUCACACAGUUUUGCGUCUACCUCCCUAUCACUGUGAGCUUAAUCCUAUUGAGUUGGUCUGGGCUGAAUUAAAAAGUUUCGUCGCCAGGAGCAAUGUCACAUUCAAGAAAGAGAAAGUGAAGGAACUCUUUAAUCAGGCUAGAUCAACUUAUGGGGUUGAGAAGUGGCGUAAGGUGGAGAGUCACGUGAUAAGAGAGGUCGAAGAAAAACUGUGGAAACUCGACGGAGUCCAGGAUGAGGAGGUUGCUCCUGUGGUCAUAGACUUGACGGACUCGGAACACAGUGACAGUGACAUGGACACAGAUUCUGGUGAUGACGAAAAUGACUCUGACUCUGACGAAUCCAUGGGCUUCGUUGAGGAGUCUGACGACGAAGUCACUUGUUGCAUAUGUGGUGAUUACAAUGCUCCUGGAAAGUCUCGAAAGAUUGUAUGGGUUGAGUGUGAAGUGUGUAAGAGGUGGAGUCACCGCAUAUGUACCAAGCCCUCUCUAAAGUCAGGUAAGUGUGUCCAAUGUUGGAACGCUUUGUAUGGUCUGAAUCCAGCUCCUUCAUGA